ACUCGGUUUGGCUGAACCUCCUCCCGCCACCCUCGUCGUUCUGCGGCGGUCCCUAAAACCCUAACCCUAAUUCCUCUUCCUUUUAUAUCUUCUCUUCCGAAUCCAGCGAAUUGCACACUCAGUAUCGAAGGAGCCACAUCGAAGAUGCCGCGGACGAGCGCCGUGGAGUCCCCCGGUUGCCCUCCGCUGAGGGUUCUCACCGCCGACGCUCUCGGCCUUGUCAAAGUUGUCGAAGCCCGCGGAAAGGCGGGAACGCCGAAGGUGGUGGAGACGUGGGGUCCACCCGACGCCUCGCGGUGCGUCGUCGCAGCUUCAUUCGCCGAUCGAAAGAAGAAACCGAUUUUGGCUGUUGCACGGAAGAAUGGAUUGAUUGACUUUUUGAAUCCGCUGACUGGGGAUGCUGUGGCCACUAUCAAAUUUGGUGAAUCUGGGUCCGCCGAUUGUGCUGCGGAGGGCGAUCCAAUUGUUGGCUUGCAUCUCUUCAAAUCAAGGAAACCAGAAUCGACUGCUAUGUUGGGUGUAUCACUUAUAUGUACAGAAAAAGGAAAAGCAUGCUUGAGAUCUGUUGCAAAGAGGGAUGCACAGCCUGAUUUGGAUACUGAUUCUCAAAGCACGUGGAGUGUCUGCAAUGCUGGUCAAGUAUUAUGUUCUUCAGUGGAUGGAAGUGAGAACUAUGCUUUAUUCGGCGGGAAACGUGUUGAACUUAAUUUAUGGGACCUUGCCAACUGUAGUAAGUUAUGGACUGCUAAAUCUCCUCCAUCUAACAGCCUUGGUAUAUUCACUCCAACCUGCUUUACUGCUGCAACUUUCUUAAGCAAGGAUGAUCAUCGCAAGAUUGUGGCUGGCACCAACAGUCAUCAGAUUCGCCUAUAUGAUAUUUCUGCCCAAAGAAGGCCUGUUAUUUCUGUCGAUUUCCGCGAGUCUCCUAUUAAGGCAGUUGCUGAGGAUCUGGAUGGCCAUAUUGUCUAUGCAGGGACCGGAUCUGGGGACCUUGCUUCCUUUGACAUCAGAACAGGUAAAUUGUUGGGAUGCUUUGUGGGCAAGUGCAGUGGAAGCAUUCGAUCAAUAGCCAGGCAUCCAGAAUUGCCUGUAAUAGCAUCGUGCGGACUUGACGCCUAUCUGCGUUUGUGGGAUGCAAAGACUAGGCAACCUCUCUCUGCAGUUUUCCUCAAGCAGCAUGUCACGAGCGUAGUGAUCGAUUCACACUUUUCUGCUGAAGAAUCCGAAGUAGUUGAAGGUCCGCAACCAGUAACAAAGCAAGACAAGAGGGAAGUUGACAAGCCAGAGCUUUGUAAGCAAAGGAGCAAGAAGAAAAAGAGACGAGUAGAUGCCGAUACAAAUAGAAAGAAAAUAAAGGUCCGAGAUGCUGCUACUGAUGCUCUUGCUGAUGAUGAUGAUGAUGAUGAUGAUGAUGAUGAUGGUCACAUAAGUUUCUGAAACCUGAGGACGACAACGAAUUGCCAGUUUCUAAAAGAAGCGAAUUAUAAGGAGAGAGGAGCGAGAUUAGCUGUAGCUGGGUCAUGAGCAAGAUUAAGCAGAAAAAGGAGCCAAAAAAACCAUCUUUCUCAAUGAGCAAGAUUAGGCUGAAAAAGAGGAAAAACCAUCUUUAUGCGUUUCUCAUGGUUAAUCUGUUUAUAUCGAAAUCUUUAGUCGAGUCCUGCUGGAGUAGGAAUCUGGUACGGCCGGCGGAGUAGUCAGCAAACAAGAGUGUUGAUGAAGAUGCUCGCAGCAAUUUCUACCUGAGGAGUGGAGGCCGAUCAUAUAACAUCUCUUCAUAGUUUGGUGCAAGUUAUCGACCGGCAGCAUUCAGGGGAAAAUUUAAAAAAGAAAGAAAUCCAGAAGAGCAUGUGUUCUUUCCUUUCUCAUUUUUCGUAAUAUAUUUCAUAGGCAAUUUAUGUUUAAAAAUUGAUGUGGAAUGAGAAAUGUUUGCUAUGUUGAGGAAGAACUUUUAAGUUGA